CUGGUCCACGUGUAACUGCUCCUCGUGUCAUUGAUCACUAUAUAACCAGUACUUGAAGUCUGGUACAUAUUCAGAACAACACACAUCGAGUCAUUUACGGAAUAUCCACUUUACAUUUCUAUACAAAAUGUGUCUUAAUUGGUACGCAACAAUGGGGAUAUCCACCAGUAUCACAACAGAGGGGAUUACGAUUAGAAUAACCAACGCUGUGCUACCAGCAGCCUUUGCACUAGGUCUUCUAUCAGACACAGUGUAUCCAAUCAGCGCUUCGUCUUUCGUAACGUCUGUGUGUUUAUCAAUUGUUGUAUUUAAUGGAGUAAACAUUUCCUUCUUGAAUGGUAUUUCUACGAUUCGUUUUUUUAUUGGUAACAUCCCUGGUGGUAUUCGGGUCGUUUUAGUAGUCUUGGUGAUAAAGAUGUUAGGCAUGGUGGGCUCUACUGAAGAUGACUUCAAGAUUGAAUAUGACGCCAAGAUAGGCCCAUUUGCAGAUGAAUACAAGAUAGGCCCAAUUGAAGAUGACUCAAAGAUAGGUCCAGUUGAAGAUGACUCAAAGAUAGGUCCAGUUGAAGAUGACUCCAAGAUAGGUCCAGUUGAAGAUGAGUUCAAGAAAGGACCGAUUGAAGAUGACUCCAGGAUAGUCCAAGUUGAAGAUGACUCCAAGAUAGGCACGAUUGAAGAUGGUUCCAAAAUAGGCCCGAUUGAAUAUGGCACCAAGGUAAGCCCGAUUGAAUAUGGCACCAAGGUAGGCC